AUAGUUAUUUCGGCAACACUGUAUUCUAGUAUUGUAGCAUGAAGGCGGUAAAAUGAAAUUCUUAAAAAUGUAUACAAAAUUCAAAUAUUUAAUUAAUUCGUGUUGAAGUUUUUUAUUAUUAUAGUUAUUUAUUUAUAUAAUUGAUUGUUUAAGGUUUAUUGUGAAAGAAUGAGAGGUUUUGAAGAAAAUAAUUGUCGUUUAUGUAAAAACGUAUUUUGUUGUAAAGGAUGUCGAGAAAAACAUGAAACAAAACGCCAUAAUGUGUUUCCAGCUUGUGAGAUCUGUAUAACCGGUAAAAUAAUCAUUUCUUCAGCGUCUCAAAUCGUUAUUGAACAUAUAAAAUUAGUGCAUUGGCCAUUACAUUGUUUGUUUUGCAAAAGAUUAUUCGGAUCAGUUGAGGAAUUAUUUCAACAUAUCAAGUGCCCUCUUACUAACGGUGUAACAAAAAAUGAAGAAUUUAGUCCCUAUACUCCUUCCAGUACAACAAACUACAGUUAUAAUUAUAUGAAGGGAAAAAUGGAUUUGGGAACUAGGUCUAACGUAGCUGCAAGCACUCCCAUGCAACAGGUACAUGGUAAUAAUGCGUUCAAAAAAAUUUCAGAAGUUAUCAUAACUCCAGUGGAUUCUUCAGAAAAUAUAAACGAGGCUAGUUCUUUAAAGAGGAGAGUUACUUUUUGUGAAACACCCAUAACUGAAAGCUUAUUUAGCAGGAAAUCAAAAAACCAGUCGUCUAUUACCGACAGCCACUAUACGGUGGGACAAUUUUUCACUCCAUCCGCAACAUCAGGAUCAAGUACAUUCUAUUCAGCAAUGGGUACACCUAUAGAAAAAAUUAUUGAAGAGGAUGAAGAAGAUAAUAUAGUACCGCAUAUUAUAUUAACGGACGAUGCAAGAAAUCCCGAAGAAACUCAAUUAAGAAGCGUUGUGAUUCAAGAAAAAAUGGUUUGGAUCAACGCCAUUAACGUAUCUUCAGCAAAAUUAAUUAAAAAUAAAGAAAAUGAAACCUCCAUCGAGUUAAACGUUUCUGAGAACCAGUUUUUCACUCCAAUGGUACCCAAAAAGAAAAUAAACAUUGUAGCGCCUUCUAUUAUACAAAACAAUGACCAAUCUUGUUUUCGAUUUGACGGACCGGUACAGACCUCCUCAACACCAAAUAACUCAAAAAUUCCAGCACCUAAUGUUAGAGACGUUUUUAAAAGCCAACCGAGUACUUCCAAAUCAGAUUUUGACAACUGGAAUUCUGAGGAAAGCACAAAAGAAAUAACUUCUAGUAUUAAUAGCACUGAAAAUUCCUUGCAACAAAAUCUGUGGUCUUCAGUUACAAAGCUAGUCAAAAAUGUAUUUCAAGGCUUUUCUGCAAGUCUCUCAGAGAACAAACGUGCAAAUUUAAUUUCACAGCCCUUAAAAAGGUAUUGCUCUGACCAGGACUUAGAGGGAUUUCCAAUAGCAAAACGAUAUAAAGUAGCAGAUGUACAAUGUAGACGGACAAUAAGAGAUAUGACACCUAUCAAUAAAUAUAUGCAGUCUUACAGAUCUUCUAGGUCUAAGGAAUUUAGAAUUAGGAUAGGAAAUAAUUUAAGUUUCAAGACUUUUGUUGAUAAAGCAACACAAACAGAUGACUAUAUUUUUACUGAUUGACUGUUUUCAUGAAUUUAUUUUUUAAAGUGAUUUGUAUAGACUCAAAUUCAAUAUAAUAACCAAUUUAAAAAUUAACAAGAACCAACUGUUUUUACCUAUUGAUAUAAUUAAAGAAAUAUAAAAUAUACCUACCUGUUGAUAUUAAAUUAAUUGAUAAUCAUAAAUCCUAAAUAUUUAUGGUGUUCAAGUGUUAAAUGCUUUAUUUUCUAUCAAUACAUUUCUACCUAUGUUAAAUCCUCUGUUAUUAAGUAUAAAUAUGAAGUUUCAAAGAUAGAAAUGACACCAUUUAUUAAGUGUUCACAUUUUAUCAAAUAUAUUUAUCCUGUUUGUCAUAGUUAUAAAUAUAAUAUAUUGAAAUUAUUACCUAUAUAUUUUUCAAUAAAUAUCUAUAAAGAUGUC